UAAACGUUCUUAUUGAUUCGAACUUUGGGCAGUUUGUCUCUGCACGCCGUAUACUCGCGGCAAAGGAAGAAUCAAGAACCAACUUAGUAACCACGGCAAGUGCUCACCAUGAGUGCAUUGCCAUCCUAUCUGCGGCUCAGCCGCUUAGUUAGUUCCCUGCCAUCAUCUCGAGACCACUCUGACCAACCAAGAUCAUCACGUGAUGGACCUGCUACACCAAUCAUAUUACAUGGCGAUCCUGCCACUCCAAAUUUAUUACAUGGCGAUCCUGCAACUUGCGACCCUGCGACCCGCCUUCCUGCGACCUGCGUUCCUGUAAACUACGAUCCUGCAAUUUGCAAACAUUCCUGCGGCCCUGAACUCUUCCCAACUGACGCUACAGCUGACAACCUGAAGAUUCUCGGUUCAGGAGACAUCGCGAGGAUCGGCGAAAUCUAUAAUAGGCUGGAUGAAUACACCCCUAAGGCAGCAACCACAGAAAAGCCAUCAGUGUAUGUGCUCACGGAAAUCGGGGCACACGAUUUCAGAGGUCCAGAACCAAGAAAAAUAGAAAAAUAUAUAAUCGAAUACCACCAAAGAACGGAGGACUUAUUGAUUGCAACAAAAAAGAGAAAGCCCAGAGGUGGUAAGAAAACUCGUCUCAAGAGAGAGCGAGCAAAACUCCAUCAACUUAUAAGGAUUUCGGACGGGGACCAGAGAAAACUGCUAAAGAAGAAACUAUUCGAGCUUCGAUAGAAUGGGUAACCAGCGCUCAAUUCAGGGGCAAACCAUCAUAGAAGAAUAUAAGCAGUCAAUAACAACAAUUGCUGUAUCUAUAAUAGUAAUAUUAGGCAUAACAAAUAAGAUGUUGCUAAAAAAUUAAAUAGAUCGAUUCAACGCUAA